CAGAUAAAUUCGUUUCAACGAGCCCAUAUGUUUUAGCCCUAAACCAGCACGUUAGCGUCAUCGUCCCCAUUUUCUCUCUCAAUCAGAAGCUCCCUCGUAUCAAUUUAUUUUCUCGCGCAACAAAAUCGCAAGUCAUCAGUUCUUCGAGUUCUCAGGUUAGUUUUUGAGGAUAUACAGGUUAGAUUCAAGAUUACCUUUUGGUAUUGUGGGCAAUGGCGGCAGAUAGGGUUGAAUCCCCGCGUGCAAGAAGUGUGGAUAAACGUAACCAUAGUGACAUGCCUGUGCGGGAGAGGUGGACUGGAGAAUAUGAUGAUUUCGCUGAGAAUGAAUCUGAGGCAGGGAGGCACCGUAGCAAGGAUCAGAGUAGAAGCAGUGGGCAAAGGGAGGAGAAAGAGCAUAGGAGUAGAGAUCGAGAGAGGUCGAAAGCCCUUGAUGGUGUGAAGGAAAGAGAGGCUGAUAGAGACAGGUUAUCCAGUCGGGAGGCUGAUAGAGACAGGUUAUCUAGUCGGGAUAGGAAAAAGGAGGACAGAGAUGAAAGGGAAAAGGAUAAAGCCCGGGAGAGGGAUGGAAACCGCGAGAGGCAUAGGGAAAGAGAGAAAGAUAGAGAAAGGAAGGAUCGGUUGAAGGAAAAGGACCGAGAGAGGGAUAGGGAGAGAGAUCUUGAGGGAAGUGAGAGAGGGAGAGAGAAGGAGAGGGGCAAAGAGAAGAGCAGAGAUAAAGAGAGGGAGAAGGAGAGGGAUAGGCAUAAAAACAGGGAGAGGGAAAGGGAAAAUGUUAAGCAUAGAAGUAAAGAUGAAGAUGAGCGGGAGAAAGUGAAGGAGAGCAAAGAUAAAGAUCAAGAACGGGCCAAGGACAGAGAUAUGGGUAGCCGUAAACAUAAGGAUGAGAGUUCGGGGAAGGAUAUGGAGAAGGAUGGUCACUUGAGAUUGGAUAGUGAUUAUUCUCGUGAUAAUCAGUCUGGUAAGAUGCGGUUAGAUAAGUUCGAUGAUGAGAGUGCAUCCAUCAGGAAGCAAGAAAAGUCUGAGGUUCUGGCUUCGGGAAGCUGUCAAUCAGCACCAGAGUUGGAGGAGCGCAUUUCCAAGAUGCGAGAAGAAAGGUUGAAGUCAUCUGAAGGGCCUUCUGAAGUUUUAGCUUGGGUGAACAGGAGCAGAAAGCUUGAAGAUAAAAGGAAUGCUGAAAAGGAAAAAGCUGCACAGCUUUCUAAAAUUUUUGAGGAGCAGGAUAAUAUGAAUGAUGAAGAAAGUGAUGAUGAGGCAGCAACUCAACACAUAUCACAUGACUUAGGGGGGGUAAAAAUUCUUCAUGGGAUUGAUAAAGUACUUGAAGGUGGGGCAGUUGUGUUGACGCUCAAAGAUCAAAGCAUACUAGCUGAUGGGGAUAUUAAUCAAGAGACUGAUAUGCUCGAAAAUGUGGAGAUUGGGGAGCAGAAGCGAAGGAAUGAGGCUUAUAUGGCUGCUAAAAAGAAGACAGGUGUUUAUGAUGAUAAGUUCAGUGAGGAACCUGGUGCGGAGAAAAGAAUACUUCCACAAUAUGAUGACCCCAUGACUGAUGAGGGUGUAACACUUGAUUCCAGUGGACAUUUCACUGGUGAAGCUGAGAGGAAGUUGGAGGAGCUUCGUCAAAGAAUUCGAGGCACAUCUGCAAUUGCUCGUGGUGAAGACCUCAAUUCAAAUGGGAAGAUAUCAUCAGAUUAUUACACAGAAGAAGAGAUGACAAAGUUCAAAAAACCAAAGAAAAAGAAAUCUUUGCGGAAGAAGGAGAAGUUGGACUUAGAUGCCCUGGAAGCAGAGGCCAUAUCUGUGGGAUUGGGCUCGGAGGAUCUCGGUUCAAGAAAUGAUGGGAAAAGACGAAAUCGUAGGGAAGAACAAGACAAGAUUGAGGCGGAAAUGAGAGCGAAUGCCUACAAGUUGGCAUAUGCUAAAGCAGAAGAAGCAUCUAAAGCACUCAGACAAGAACAAGCAUCUGGAAUUCAGAUAGAGGAAGAGGAAACUCCUGUUUUCGGUGAUGAUGAUGAGGAUCUUCGUAAAUCAUUGGAAACAGCGAGAAAAAUAGCUUUGAAAAAGCAAAAAGAAGAAGAAAAAUCUGGACCAGAUGUUCUAAUAAGGCUUGCUUCUACCACUGCCGAUGAUUCAACUAAGGAGAAUCCGGAUGCAGGCUCUGGUGACCAACCAGAGAACAAGGUUGUAUUUACGGAGAUGGAAGAAUUUGUAUGGGGUCUGCAACUUGAAGAUGAUGAGAAAAAUCCAGAGAGUGAAGAUGUAUUCAUGGAGGAAGAUGUCGGACCACGCACCACCUCUGAUCAGGAAAUGGAGGACGUAGAUGGUGGUUGGAGCCAAGUAAAAGAAACCGAAAAGGACAAAAUUCCUUUAAAAGAGGAAGAAAAGGAGGUUGUUCCUGAUGAGACAAUCCAUGAACCUGCUGUGGGCAAAGGUAUUGCUGCCACUCUCAAGCUUCUGCAAGAUCGAGGAGUACUGAAGGAAACUGUUGAGUGGGGUGGUCGAAACAUGGACAAGAAGAAAAGCAAACUUGUUGGCAUUAACAAUGGUGAAGAAAAGGAAAUACGCAUCGAAAGGACCGAUGAAUAUGGGCGGAUUCUGACGCCAAAAGAAGCUUUUCGACAGCUUUCACACAAGUUCCAUGGGAAGGAGCCUGGAAAAAUGAAGCAAGAAAAGCGCAUGAGGCAAUAUGAGGAGGAACUGAGGGUGAAGCGAAUGAAAAAUUCAGAUACGCCAUCACAAUCAGUUGAAAGAAUGAGGGAAGCUCAAGCCAAGUUACAAACCCCAUAUCUUGUCCUAAGUGGCCAUGUUAAACCAGGGCAAACAAGUGAUCCAAGAAGUGGUUUUGCUACUGUGGAGAAGGACCUUGCUGGAGGCUUGACCCCUAUGCUCGGUGACAAAAAGGUUGAGCAUUUCUUGAAUAUCCAGCGCAAGCCCAGCUCUAACCUGAAGCCCAAACCUUGAGAUGACUGCUUGAUCCUGCUCUCUGCAUGCUCUACAAUGGCUUGCAUAUUGUGUCAGAUUUGCCUAAGUUAGUCUGCGUAUUAUUCUUAUAAUGUUUGAGACAGUGAGGUUUGUUAGAUGAACUGGAUUUGUUGCUUUCAACAUUAUGUGUUCUUUAUCCUUGUAUCUUGAAUGUUUCACCAACCUUAAGACGAAUUUGCAGAUUUUAUUCUAUAACCUGGCUCCUGGUUUUAUUAUUAUUAUUAGGUAUCUUGGAGAAUAAGUUAGGAAUU